CGCGAGCGGCUGGCGGGAAGGCAAGAUGGCCGAGGCGUCGUAGUGAGUAGGCUCUUGUUGCCGAGUCACCUCUCCCCAACCUUGCCUUACGGCCUCAGGCUUUAUCUAUCGAGCCCCGGACCCACCCACCGUGACCGCCGAGGUCGGUCUACCGAGGACCUUAGGCUGAAGAUGCCGAAUAUCAAGAUUUUCAGCGGUAGUUCUCACCAGGAUCUGUCCCAGAAGAUCACCGAUCGUCUGGGCCUGGAACUGGGCAAGGUGGUAACUAAGAAAUUCAGUAAUCAGGAGACCUGCGUGGAAAUUGGCGAAAGCGUCCGCGGAGAGGAUGUCUACAUUGUGCAGAGUGGCUGUGGUGAGAUAAAUGACAACUUGAUGGAACUUCUCAUCAUGAUUAAUGCCUGCAAGAUUGCAUCAGCAAGCAGAGUCACCGCCGUCAUUCCUUGCUUCCCUUAUGCCCGGCAGGACAAAAAGGACAAAGUAGGAGCAGACUCCAAUGUGAGCCGGGCUCCGAUCUCCGCCAAGCUCGUGGCAAAUAUGCUGUCUGUAGCAGGAGCAGAUCAUAUAAUCACCAUGGACCUUCAUGCUUCUCAGAUUCAGGGGUUUUUUGAUAUCCCAGUGGAUAACUUGUAUGCUGAGCCAGCUGUCCUGAAGUGGAUCAGAGAGAACAUCGCCGACUGGAAGACCUGCUGUAUCGUAUCCCCUGAUGCUGGCGGAGCUAAAAGAGUGACUUCAAUUGCAGACAGACUGAAUGUCGACUUCGCUCUGAUUCACAAAGAGCGGAAGAAGGCCAAUGAAGUCGACCGUAUGGUGCUGGUGGGAGAUGUCAAGGACCGAGUGGCCAUUCUCGUGGACGACAUGGCCGAUACUUGUGGUACUAUCUGUCAUGCAGCAGAUAAACUCCUGUCAGCUGGAGCCACUAAAGUAUAUGCUAUCCUUACUCAUGGGAUUUUUUCUGGGCCAGCUAUUUCUCGGAUUAACCAUGCCUGUUUUGAGGCGGUUGUAGUUACAAACACAAUACCUCAGGAAGACAAGAUGAAACAUUGCUCCAAAAUACAGGUGAUCGACAUCUCCAUGAUCCUGGCCGAAGCCAUCCGCAGAACUCACAAUGGUGAAUCGGUCUCCUACCUGUUCAGUCAUGUUCCUUUAUAAUUAUUACUGCUUUUCACUUUGGAGGCUUUUCUUAACUAAGCCACUCAUUAUUUGGUAUAUUGCAAAAAUUCAGUAGAAAUCCCUGCUUGUUCAUUCUGCUCUCCCCAUCUUUUUGCUCCCAUCCAAUCUCCUGGGUCUCUGAUUUCUUUUAUUAGUCUAUGUGAGCCCCUCAGCUUUCACUCUUAACUCUGUGGGGAGGGGCCUGAUGUAUCCACCAUAGAAAUCCAGGCGGGAGGGGAGGGAGAUGGGGCAGAUGCACCACUAUGCAUGCAAACUUAAGCAGUUCUGGUUAGUUGGUUUGUUUGUUUUAAAAUAAAGUUCUGCAAAGCUUAAAUAAAAA